GAGAGAGAGAGAGAGAGAGAGUGAUGAGAGGUUGGGAGUUGCGAGAUUAUCCGAGACAGACCACUGAUCCAGAGCACAGCUGGUGCGACGGGUGAAGAGGCUGCAGGCACAAACUCCCACAGCAGAGAGUGACAAGGUGGACGCCAGAGUGUGGCAGCAUUUUAAGGUGUAGAGCAAGGAAGAGUUCAACCAGUGCGUGGACGGAAACUUCAGCUGCUUUGCUUUUUAAACAAAAGUCUUUUUGGAAAAGAAGUGGACGCGAUAUUGUGAGAAUGUGCAUCUAGACUUUGUUAUUGAGCGUAGCUAGUUUCAGGAGUUCUGACCAUGAGGAUAAAGAUCUGUGAUGUUCUUCAUUCUCAUCUGUGAUUCUUCUCUGUGUACGAAUGUUUGAAAAUGAAGACUCUGCUUGACCAUGAUGGAGAUGAUUUCAAAGUGGGGAACCACGCUCAUCCUUCCAGUGUGACGAUCCUGCAGCGGUGUGAGAAUCAUGUUGUCCACUGAGAGCAUGGAGCCAGAGAGAGCUCACACCCAGAGCAGCUACUUCACCAAAGUUGAUGUGCCGGAUCAUGCCCACUACAUCGUCGCCGGCUUCGUCUUCGUCAUCGGAGCGCUGGGAAUCACCGGCAAUGCGUUGGUCAUGUUUGCAUUCUACAGCAACAAGAAGCUUCGAAACCUGCCGAAUUACUUCAUCAUGAACCUGGCGGUCAGUGACUUCCUGAUGGCCUUCACACAGUCCCCCAUCUUCUUCAUCAACUGCCUCUUCAAAGAGUGGGUGUUUGGAGAGAUGGGCUGCAAGAUGUACGCUUUCUGCGGAGCGCUGUUUGGCAUCACCUCCAUGAUAAAUCUCCUGGCCAUCUCCAUCGACCGCUAUGUGGUGAUCACCAAGCCGCUGAAAGCCAUUAAGUGGAACUCAAAACGAAGAACUAUCAUCGCCAUCGUCAUGGUCUGGCUGUACUCCUUAGCGUGGAGUCUGGCUCCGCUCGUUGGUUGGAGCUCGUACAUCCCUGAGGGUUUGAUGACGUCAUGCACAUGGGACUACGUCACCUACACGCUGGCCAACAGGAGCUACACCAUGAUGCUGUGCUGCUUCGUCUUCUUCAUCCCGCUGGCCGUCAUCUUAUACUGCUAUCUCUUCAUGUUCUUGGCCAUCAGGAGGACGACCAGGGAGGUGGAACGGCUCGGAACACAGGUGAGGAAAUCCACUCUCAUCAAACAGAAGUCCAUCAGGAGCGAGUGGAAGCUGGCGAAGGUGGCGUUCGUCGUCAUCGUGGUCUACGUUCUCUCCUGGUCACCUUACGCCUGCGUGACCCUCAUCUCCUGGGCUGGGCAUUCCAAUAUCCUGUCGCCAUAUUCCAAAGCCGUCCCUGCCAUCAUCGCAAAAGCCUCCACUAUCUACAAUCCUUUCAUCUAUGCCAUCAUACACAAUAAGUACAGAAUGACCCUGGCAGAGAAGAUCCCAUGUUUGUGGUGUCUUUCCCCUUCGCGUCAGAAGGACUGUGCCUCCUCCUCCAUCAGCGAGUCUUCUUACAGGGAUUCCAUCAUCAGUCGCCAGUCCACCGUGUCAAGAACUCACUUCAUGAGCACUUCGUCCAGAUCGUCCGACACUGUGUUAAAGGACGUAGAGAUGGAGGCGUUGGGACGGAGGUCCUGCGGUUCAUUCCGAAGCAUCUCAUCACGCUCUCACUCCACCAAGAAGAAGUCCUGCAGGAAACCGUCCGAAAGAAAGACCCUUUACACCCCUAAAGCAGACAAGCGCCCAUCUUCCAUGAUCGACUCAUCCAGCACCCAUGAGCAUGAUCUGGUGUCUAGCUCUCUCACCACCGCCACUUUCCCCUUGCUAGUUCUUACCAGGAGGCGGAGCCGUAGUCUGACCAACAACUUGUCCAAAGCUGGCAUCGACGGCGGCGGCUUCACUGACAGCCGGAAUAACAGCAACUCCUAUGACUCUCUGGCACUAAGGGGAACCCCGUGCUCUGAUGCUCAGUCUCCACGCAGCGUUCCACGUAUAAUCGUCAUCAGUCCCACGUCUGAGAGCAGCCUGCUCCAGCAGCAGAGCGUCUGUCGAGGGUUCUCAAUGGAGGAAAUGGAGAACACUGAUUUUUCCGGAAUGAAUUUCUCAUCGGAGGUUUUUCAGGCGGUGGAACUGAUAUCGUGACCCUGACCAAGAGCAUGAUCCCUCAGUAGAUCACACUGUUAUGAUUGAUAGAAUCCAUUAUUGUGAAUAUACUGUAAAAUAGUCCUUUUGUACUUUUAUUUAUUUUUAUUUUCAACUUUAUUCCAGCAACUGAUAGAGAGAACAAACCGACACAAAUGAUGUGUGUUGCUAUUGGUGGUUAAUAGGAGAAAAAAAUGAAUCACUGUUCAUGCAUGUGGUUGAUGUCACAGCCCAACUUUCCCUCUGCUCUGUGUCUUUAGAAUGAAAUCAGUGGAGAGGUGCAGCGACACCCUCUUUCACAAUGAGGUCUGACAUCAUCCCGAUUCGAGGCUAAAUAAUGGAAUUCUACAUCUACAUCUACAUUUAAUGACCAUGGUGAAUCUUAUGAGGCAAUUUUCAGGUGGAGUGUCUUCUACUUCACUUUGAAAUAUUUCCUGCCGUCAUUCUUAAAAGCUUUUGUCUCACUGUUGCGUGCUUGAGAAUCGUGAUCUAUUAGCUUGCUGCACCUUUUAGAAUCUUCUUGGGUCCAAACUGAAGGUUAUAUCAGUCUGCUGUGGAAUUCACAUUCAUCAAACUCAAGGCCUGGGGGCCAGAUCCGACCCGCUAAUUUUUCUUAUACGGCCUGAAUGAACUUUCAAUUGAUAUUGUUGGUGUGAACUUUUGGUGUUAAAAGUUCAGUUCAACUGUGACCUUUGAAGAUUGCAGUGUUCCAAGUCUUGGCCUUUGGCAGGAUGUUCUCAAUCACACAAGAAUGAAACGAGAAUGAAGUAGAGGCUGGUCAGGAACCACAUCGAAUAUUUGGGGCCAUUUACAAGGAGACAAAGACGAUAGACUCCACAGUUCAGUACACAUGACGACUUUUGAAAAUGAGGAAUGUUGCCUACACGCCAACUGCCCUUGCUGUGUCUGCGCUGCUCUUUGGUGGUGCAAGUGCAAUGCGUAGCUUUCACAAGGUGAUCAUUUUCUUGCAGCCAGUCGUUUUCAUUGGCACCAUGUAAAUACAGCCAUUGUUUUUGUGCUCUGACUUGGAUCUUAUGUCUCUGUAAAGGAUUAUCAUUAAAAGAUAAUUUAUUUUUAUUUUUAUUUUUAUUUUUAUUUUUAUUUUUAUUUUUAUUUUUAUUUUUAUUUUUAUUUUUAUUUUUAUUUUUAGCAUACUAAUCUGUCUAAGUCUAUCUUUUACGGAAUUCCCUUUCAUGUGUGUCAAUUUUCCGACGUUUCGGGAUAAUGUAUUGUCUAUAUAUCCAUAGAAAACAGCCUAUUGGAUGACAAAUGUAUAUCACUAUCAGUAGGAAUUUAACAUUGAGCCGCCUGUAAGCAUUUCAAACUCCCAUAGGCUCCCAAAAACGUAGUGACUUCCAGACUAGCCUCCGGGGCCUUGAGUUAGACGCACGUGAUCAGGAAGGAAAAAAUAUUAAGCAAUACGACCUUCUGGAUGGAGCAACCUUUCGUGAAUACCAUAAUAUGUAGGAAUGAGAAUGACAAACAAAGUUUUGUGGUAAAAAUACGGCUUCUCGUGCACAACCAGCCUCAUCACACAGUCCCAAGGCAAUUGUUGUACCUGGCUUUAUUUCUCUUAUUUGGCUUCAAGUGUUGAACUAACUUUUAAAAGAAUUGCUUUUGCCAUCUUCACAUUAACAAGUCAAAGAAAACACUUAAAUAAAAACAAAUAUUGUGUCCAUUUUCUGAGAUUAAUACAAUACAUCUUCUUCAGUGUUUAGUUCCCAGGUGUGUCAUUCAUGUAUGAUAUCUAAAUUAUGUUUUUUACUUUGUUUUUGUCUGUUUAUUCUAUUGUAAACAUGUAACCAAAGAUUUGUUGUUCAUGUGGUGACUUAUGUUGUUGAGUCCCUCAGAGUCAGAUAACUCACUUGGAGCAGGUCAAACUGACCAGCAGAUUUUUAGAACUUCAUCCGAGCAACUAUUGUUGAUGCUGAGUUUUAACUGUGAUCCCACUCGGGGUCUAUUUUCGUUAAUCGGACGAGAGCACUUUCAUCCAGAUGAUUCGACAGCAGGGACUCUGGACCUCUAACCUCUGGUCUAAGUACUCCGAUGAGAGUCAACUCUGUCGUUCAUGCCGUGAUUGUGCAACACUCAGGAUUAAACCCAAUGACAAACAUCUUUAGACAUUUAAUGCCGACGACAAUGAUGUCACAAAAAAACGGAUGUGGUGAAAGUCUCCCUUUUAGAAGGGUCUUCAUGUGACUUUGUCCAUCGUAUCAUGUACCUCACGAAGAAAGAAAAUCAUGCUUGUUCUGAUUUCAUUGUUUCAUUGUUGUUUAGAUCUUACAUUUUACAGCAUUCUGUAUAAUAAAUAUUUAUGCAACAACAUGAACUUGAUAUGGUUGGACUUCAUUGCCCAUAUUUGAGUUCAUUUCGUUCGUUCUUUGUGACAGAGUGAAAACAAUAGCUAAAUGGAAAAAACAAAAUAGACAAGAUAAGGUCCAACUUUGGAUAAAUGACCCUGUCACAAAAUGAAGAGGUCAAUAGGGAACGUAUCUUCAUAUUUACCUUAGGUGUUCCACAAGGAUCUAUUUUGGGCCCCAUCUUAUUGUGCAUAUGUGCUACCUGCUGCUCUUCUAGCAUGUCUUGAUGAUGUCACCAGCCACCAAAGACUAAUGUCUCUUCGGAACUGGUCCAAAGAGAGAUUAGUCUGACCCUCACCAAACUCUUCUAGCUUCCCCGAUAGCCUCAGUUCCUUCUAAAAAUACGUAACUCCUAUAGACCGAAACAAUAUUUCAUACAAUACUUCUCUUAUCUGGGAUAACUACACAACCUUUUGUAGGUUGGGCUCAGAAAUGAAUAAAUAAAGAUUAAAAUGUUGAACCUGCUAUGCUAAUAAAUGAGAUUAAA